GCGUUGUGUCGAUUGCAAACGGGGCAGGGAGGGAAGAGCGAAUUGGAUUGUAUGGUGCAAGCGAUUAGCAAGCGGCAGUUUUGUUCACUGCUCUCGUUUAAUCAGCUGUGGAAUGCGCAAUCUCCCUUCCUGGUCGCCCAUCCUUAUUUAUUUUCAUUUUGGGCAGAUCGACUGCCUCAAGAUGAGCAGAUUGUGUUGAUGCAAUCAGUUCUGUCUGGACUGGUGGCAAUCUCGGUAAAAGACGAAAUUGAAAUUUCUGAGGAGGUUUUUAGACAGCUUGUAGUGUUUUAUAAGCUAAUGUUGCAUGUUCCUCCGAAGAUGAUGGUGGAUGCAAAGCCACUGAAACGCUUAUUGCUAAAAACGAUCCGUUCUGAACGAACGGUACAUCGAAUGGUUGGUUACCAUAUAAUUAAAUUUAUGACCACUUUGCUGAAUGAGAAGCGCGUAGAAGACUACCUAAGUCCUCUAUCUAUUCAAGAGCGGCUCAUUCUUUCUCGCGUCCAUCUUUGAUGAUGAAAAUCCCUUGA